GUUUCACUAUUCCUCCAUGCACGGCGCGAUCAACACUGAUCAGCUGACGGCUACUAACGGUUGCUUUGUGUUUAUUGUUACGUUGACGUUAAUGUCAGAUGAUCCGAUGCGAGCCGAUGUUCAUUCACGUAAUAGAUACAGUACCUUCGAUCUCUCGUGAAAUCAGAAGAAUGUUGUCACAUUCCACGCGUCUCGUACAUCUAAAUACGUAUGUCUGUCAAGUACGAAAUUAAAUAAAUUGUUCGGCGAUAAACUUACUACGCUUUUACAUUCGCGUCGACAUCCACGUUUUUCAUUUUCGCUUUUCGGUUGAAUUCAAUUGUUUGGUCUUGUUUUCGACAUCGUUCGCGGUCCGAAUUACUGAAUAAAUAAAGAAAGAAAUAAGAUAAUGCGGUUGCUGAUCGCUAAUAAUUACCACAGCACGUUACGCGGUGUUGACAGAGCCACGAAUAUAACGGGUCGUUGAAGAUGCAACGUCGAUCGCGUCGCGUUUCAUAAUUUGAAGAAACGAGAUCACAUCGAGCUGCAACCAAAUUAUCGUCUGAGACUCGAUAAACACGAUUAAUUUUUUCGACAUUCGAUCGCUUUAUCGGUAUCUUAUCCCGAUGCGUAUCGACGAUUAACCGACAGUUUUGAACAUGGACAUCGUGGAUAUUUUAAGAGAAAUUUUUGGACUAGGGUUCACCGACAAAAAAUCUGGCAAAGGAAGCAGUUCGAAUUCUUCAAGAGCGUCGCAGAGUUUAGAUUCGGUAAACAAGUACAUAGAAAGUACCCUCCUGAAAGAUGCUCCGAUUGAAAAAGAGACGAGAGAAGACGACAGAGAUGGUCGGAUCGGACCGAACGUGGUUCAUUUCGAUGCAUCGGCACGCUCCGGACUACUCUCGACUUCCCUCGACAGGCUUUCCAUUAAGGCUAGAAGUAAUUUUAGCACGAUAAGAUCGAAUGUAGCGGUAUAUCGAGGCAAAUGGAUGUAUGAGGUCCAACUUGGAUCGAAAGGACUCAUGCAAAUUGGUUGGAGCACGUUUGAUUGCAAAUUUACACCGGACUCCGGAGUGGGGGACACUGUUAAUUCUUACGCUUACGAUGGGAAUCGUGUGAGAAAAUGGAACGUAGCUUCGUAUUCAUAUGGGGAAUCGUGGCUCGGAGGAGACGUGAUCGGAUGCGCCAUAGAUUUGGACGAUGGAAACGUCGAUUUUUACAGAAACGGACGGAACUUGGGACGGGCGUUUGAAAAUAUAACCAUGGGUUCUAGUUUCGCAUAUUUCCCAACAGUGAGUCUUGCUCGAACCGAAAGUUUAAUAGCCAAUUUCGGUUUGACUCCGAUGCACUAUCCUCUGCAAGGAUACGAGCCGAUGCAAGCGAUUCCGAAAGAAAAGAUACUUCGAGCUACGCUAUUGCUUGACUGGUUCUCCAAGAUAAUAGAACGCGUGUACGUAGAAGAACAGAAGGCGAACGGCGAAAAGAUUAUGUUACGCGACGACAAUAUGAGCGUACAGGCCUACCUAAUGUGUCUUGCGAAUUGCGUUCUCGUCCACAUGGGACCCCUGAUCACCGUACCGUAUAUCGCGGAAUCCAUUAUACUUCCGUUUAUCCAGAAACUUGCCGAAUCGGAAGACCUUUCCUUGUUGUUCACUUGCUUAGAUCUUUUAUGGACGUUCGCCGAGAAGCAUGAAAUGAAGGAAUGCUUGGAGACCAUCAUAUUUUUUUUAUUGUCCACGUUGAGACACGUGUCUCAUCUGAACGAGUACCUCGAUCAGUGUAAAAGCUUGAUUCUUUUGACAAAAAUUUGUCAACACGUGUCGACUCGUCAGUAUUUGUUGGACAACGUGCUUUUCGAUCAAGCGAGACCUCCGAUCUUUUUGGACGUGAAACCGCCGGAUAAGCAAGGAUUGAUAGAUACAGUCAGCGACGUAUGGUGGGAGACGAAGAAUCCCGUAGAUCCGAUAGUCGAGGCCAACAAACAAAGUUAUUUAAAUGCUUGCGAGGAAAUGAAAGUUGCGAUCUCUGAACUCGAGAAAUUACAAGUGCGUUUGCUGGUAACUCUCCUCGACAAUUCCGACGGUACCGAAAUGAGACCCACUUCGAGAACAAUAUUUUUACGAAAAUUCAAGCGUUUCAUUCCCAUAGCUGAUGCCGAUCCUGCACCGAUCACGUUGUGUUGCAUUCAUCGACUUCUGACUGCAUUUCAAAUUUUAUGGGACGCCGAAGUCGGAACGUAUCCCGUUUACGUGCCAUGCAGGAUGUUCUACGACGGAUCGAUCGACUACUCAAGAACCGACAGGCUAGGCGGCGUGACCUCUCAUUUGAACAAAACGUUCAGGAACGAAUUGAUACAACUUUUGGGAGCGGAACAUGAGACGAUCGCCUCGAUGGAGAGUCAGGCCCAGAACCGGACGCCGAAUUCGUACGCGAGAAUGGCGCUCGUUCGUGCGAUCGACGCGAACACCUUCCCGUUCGAACGCGACGCGUUUCUCGAUUCAUCUACACCGCCGCUGGUCAUGAAUCGCGUGGAUUCGACAACGUCUUUGCUUGAAUUGUUCGACGGCAUCGUUUCAUUUUAUUAUCUGGUGGCGAAGAAGCCAUUGGCGAAGGUGGCUCUUUUGAGAAGCAGCAUGACGGAUUACAUCUCCGCUAGCCGAGACAUAAAAACACGAUUGGAGGAGCUCGACAAAAAAAAUAGUCCCGAAUCCGAGUUGGAAUUAAUUCGACAGCAGUUAUCGAGAUUGAUAAACAUUUUCAACGUCAAGCUGAUCGAACAGAGCAGAUACAUGGCGUGGAUCCGUGCCGCCGUUUAUUCCGAAGAAAAGCAGUUGCAAUUCGCAUGGCUCUUGAGGGCGAUCGCAGCGACGUUGACGAGCGCUAGCUUGGAAGGGAACAUGUUCAGUUUCGUGCCUGAUUUUUACUUAGAGACACUGGCGGACUUGUGCGUGGGCUUACGAAAUCACAUGCACCCGACGGCGCCUGUCGAACGUAUUGCGGAUCAUCAAGAAUUGUUUCGAAGCAUAGCCGAAUUCCUGUGCGAGCAUUUUAUGGAUCCCCGUAUAGUGAGCGUGAACUCGAAGAGUACGUUGCUUCUGAUGCUGGCCGGAUUCGUGUUCAAUCCACUGACGCUAAACUCUUUGGAGAACGUGCCGGAGGCCAGCCGGAUGAAGCUCGUUACGAGCUUGUUAAAAUCGUACGAGAACAGGGCGUGGGCCCAGUCUAAUUGGAUUCUGGUCAGAUUUUGGCAAGGCAACGGUUUCGCCUUUCGGUACGAAAAGAGCCCACAUCUGUCGAAGAAGAUCGGAGCAAGACCGUAUCAGCAAGAUUCGAUUUUUCAACCGAAAAAACCAUACCCGUCCGUCGUGUUCCAAGGCCACGUGAGGGACGUAUUAUUAAAAAGUUCGCAAGACACAGCGGCGUUCUUGAAUUCAUUGUUGAAUCUUUUAAAUUGGACGUUUUCUGAGUUCAUCGGAAUGGUGCAAGAGAUUCACAACGUGUCGUCGAGACCCGAGAGGGUGUACAUCGAGUCCAGACAGUUAAAAAUUUGCGCCACGUGUUUCGAUCUAUCAGUCUCCUUGUUGAGAAUCUUGGAGAUGAUCAUCACGAUGGUACCGAACGUUUUCAACGAUCAGACUUUCAGUGAAAAUUUAUUAUUUAGACUGUGCCAACUACUUUGCCAAGUGUUGAACAGGAUGAGCUCACAGACCAGUUGCUUCCAGCACGUUGUACAAUUAGAAAUUCUCGAUUUGGAGUGUGUAGAUCAUUUUCCAAUACUAGCCGCGGUCACGGGUAUCUUGUUGGCACUACUCCAUGAGGAUAUGAACAAGUUCAAACGAAAAUCCAUGACUGAAGUACCGAAGAUCACGCAAGCGUUAUUGACGGAACCGAGCUUCCAAAUGAGCACUCUCUAUUUCAUGUUGGGGGAUUCGAAACUGAAAGAUCGGAAUCAGGAGAGAAGAAUAAAACAAUUUUCUUUCUUGAAUUACCCGGAAGAUGUGACAGAGGAAGAGGUAAAGAGAGUGAAGGAUAUGAUCGAAUAUUUGGACGAAUGUCGUGCCAUUCUGCCAAACUCGAAGAUCUCUACGGACAACAGUGAUACAUGUACCAUCUGCUACGCGCAACCCAUAGCAGUGACAUUUAAACCGUGCAAUCAUCAAACGUGUCGUAUCUGCAUCGAUAGACAUCUUCUGAACAGCAGAUCGUGUUUCUUUUGUAAAGUGACGAUUGACAAAGUAGUCGAUCUCUCCGGGAAUGUGUUGCACGACUUCACCCAGACACCCAUGUCCUCGAAUUAAUCCCCGCUAGAAUCAUUACGGCCCGUACGACGAUCGUACACUGGUACGAAAGUAAUUGUAAAUCAAUUUCGAAUAAAGAUUAUAAAUGAUGAGUACGCGACAUCCUA